GCGACUGGGGAGGAGUCAGACUGACAGGUCACGGGUCGGCGCGCGAGGUGCGAUACUCACGAACCAGAGCGCCCCGCCUCGCUCCCGCACAGCACACGGCCGACCCCGAGGCGCGCAGCGGGCAUGCCGUCCAUGCUUCUCACGGUGGCUGUGAUGGCGGCAGUGGCCGUCGCCGCCCUCUCCGCUGGUGAGCCGGUCGGUCCCAGUACCCGGGGGACCCCGCGCCGGGCCCGGCAGCUCAGACCGGCGGCGGCGCUGCGCCGACAGGAUGUGGCCGACCUGGACGGCCUGGUGGAGAAGAGCCACCUGUUCACGGCCGACCCGGAGGCGGCCAGCGCCGGCCGGCUGUACCGCCAGCUCGCGCGCUACCCGUCCGAGCCCGACACCCAGACACAGACGGAGGCCGAGCUGACCACCGACGAGCUCCUCAUCGACGACGGCGACUUCGGCCGGCGGCUGGAGCCCGACGAGCAGAGCCCCGUCCUGCCGGCGUACCCGCCGUACUCCCACGGGCCGCUGGCCGUACCCGUGGAGCCGUACCGCAGCCCAGAGUACGGCCCCGUGUCCGGAGAGGCGCGUCAGAGCGCGGCGGCCGAGGAUGUCACGAGCACUACCGCGGCACCGGCCGAGAGGCCUGCUGCCGUCACUGAGACCGCUGAGCCGACUGAGGUGCCGCUGCAGGGGGCCGAGCCGCCCCCCGCCCCCCGGGAGGAGGUCACUGACCGACCCCAGCCGGCCGGCUACACUCAGAGGGGACCGGCACCCCGGCGGCCCUACCUACCCCGUCCCCGCGCCCCGGCCCGCCCGGUCACAGCGCACCGGCCGCCGCUCAAGGUGGCCGCUCCAUCCCUCUACAAACCGGGAGCCGUGGUAGCCGCUAAACCACCGACCAGCUUCUACGAGGAGCGCCUGAACGAGGUGUCCUCAUUUCCCCUGUGGACCCCGUACGCACCACUAUGGGCGCCCUACCCGCCGCGCCCUCACUCCCCGACGUUCGAGUCAGGACACCACGAAGUCCAGCAUAGGCCCGCCUCGCCCGAAUACCGGCAUUACUCCGGACUGCGCCAAGCGAAAAAGGCGAGCGGGUUCGAGCGCCCGCACCCCAGCCCGCACCGCUACUCCCCCGUCAGAGCUGACGUCUCCUUCGGGGCGCGUACCGGCGACCACGGGGCCUUCGAGUGGUUCUCCGACCACCCAGUCGGCUCGGCGUAUCACUGAAUGGAUUGUACGAGGAAUGCUCUACUGUGUUGUUUUAAAGUCAU